AUGGGCAACACACAGUCCGCGCCGCAGCACAACAGGCUGGUGAAACCCAAGACAAACUCCAACUCGCCCUUUUCGUCUCCGAGCAUACCUUCUCCCGCCUCAGUCUCGGCCAAGUACUCCGACUUGCACCUCGACACUGUCAUACGUUCACCCACGGGCGACUUCCGCAGUCGGAAUGAUACCAGACAGCAACUCAGAGCCCAACUGACGUCGCCGAUGGAUGGAGACUGCUCUCAGGUGUCUGACGAGGAUGAUAGUCUUGGGGAGCUUGCUACCCAUGUUCGCGACCGUCUCCAGAGCCUGUCAAGGUCGAAUUCUGUGGCUUCACAGAUGCCCAGCUCUCACGCUUCAACCACCAAACUCAACAGUCUCCCAGGAUCGAAGCUCUCUCUAGAGUCAGAGACUCGACCCGUGGAUCUAGAAGCUGCCAUCUCAAUUCUGCAGGAGCUCAGGAAGAAUGCUUCUCCAGAAGACCUGGCCGCUUUGCGCGAAGCGCUCAAACCAGUGAAACCUGCUGAGCCUGUACCGAUAUCCACACGCUGUCCAACAACACGAAAGCCGGUAGGCGGAGAGCCGUCUCAGUCCCUCAUUCGCCGUCGCUCGUUAGCCACGCCAGGCCUUGCAACUCGCGGCUCGCCCACCGAUGUACUACGGAAACCUGUUGAACAUAUGGAGGCUCAGAUAGACCAGAGAAUGGAGCAUGAGUGGCGGGUUGAUAAAAUGAUGGUACAUUCGCCCCUGACCCGCCUGGCAGCCCUGGAUGCGGCACGCGAAGGACAAGAUUCGUCAACCCCGCGAUGUCAAACUCCUGGCGAUCUGGCAUAUUCCCACCUUGGCGCAUUGAAGCUCGGUUCCUUGACUAUCACCAAUGGCGCAGCAUCACCAGCUCCAAGCGUUCGGUCGAACAUGUUGGACCGACGAAAGUCUACUCCGGAUAUGAAUCAAGAGGAGGACUAUUUCACGGCAUCUGAAGGCAGUCCUAGCCCCUUAGCUUCAGUGCAGCACCAUCGCGGCAACCGAAUGCAUUUCCGAGCCCAGUCUUCUGUACUUCCUACACCUUCACCACUGUCCCGCGAGACCCACAUCCCCGGUAGCAGCAAAAAGGCAGAGCAGCCGCCGAGGAGCGAGAGUCCCCUUAAGAGAGAAGCCAUCUUGAAAAAUUCCGAGUACAGUGGGCACCGACAUGAGACGGGCAGGUCAGGUAGCCAUGUCAAGAAUAGAAGCGCCCCUUCUAUUGCCCAGGAAUAUAUGAACGAGCUUGCGACUAGCCCUUUCGCCACACAAGAUGAGUUCUCAGAGCGCUUUGACGAACCUCGUGAAUCACUAGAUUCGGGAUUCGCCGAAAAUAGCUCCGAGGAUGCAUGGACGUAUAGGCAAGAGGCAUUCCGCAUGCUGGACGGGACCAUGUUUGCGGACUCAAUCCCACGAGUCGACUCAGUCCUGGAAGACCCUCACCAAAAGAGAUCAGACCGCCCGUCGCACACCAAGGCGGACUCCGGAUACUCAUCCGGUGCGAGUCUUCGAGCCAUGGAACGCAAUAAUCGAGUUGGUGAAGGUACCAUUCCUUCGCUCCCACCUCUUACAGUUGUUUCUGACGGGCAAAAACAAAGUGAGUAUGAUACAGAAGACUCGAGAAGCCUCUACACGUUCGACCAAAUGCUAUCGGUUUCCGCUGCUGCAAAGCCGCUACCAGCGACUCCGGAUAAGAAGGACGUGAGGCCGAAGCCAUCACGAUUGUCAUUGUCCAAAUCCUGGAGGAGAGCAUCAAGUGGCGCCACACCAACAAUAUCUGCGCCGCCUACACCAAAUUCUGUCGUCUCAUCUGAAAGUGUUGAUGGCAAGAAGUCAGCGAUGUCCAAGCGUCUCCAAAAACGGCGCCCGUCCGCCCACGCAAUACCACUUGUACAAUCCUGCGAGCCGGUUAAGGAAGGAACAAUUCCCACGAUACCAGACAACGUUCGAGCUCAUUUCACCUGUCGCCUGUCUGAAGCUCCGGGAAUGGAUCACUUAACGCAGACUUUUGCUUCAGCUUCCACCACAAACCCUGAUGAAAGUGGCGUGGAGGCUCCUGUGAUCUUUGAACCAGUACGCUUUCCUUCCCCGGCGGUUGAUGAGCCGCGCAAGAAGAAGCAUCAUCAUCGAUCGCAGAGCGCCCGCCCACCGACUCCUCCCCAUCGACAAAGACGAAGCCUCUCUCUCUUCCGAAAGGAGAAGCCUGACGUUGAUCGGAACGAAAAUGGCGCAGGUGACGACCUCGAACUCCUAGGUAUCGCCGACUUUGGUACUGUAGCACAAUCACUGGGCAGCUCGCCCUACGAUGUCGCGGCAUCGACGCUCCGGAAACAGCCCGUCGCUUCCCCCACUCACCCACAUCAAAUGGGUGCAGCGUUUCCUCUUGCCAAAUCUACAGUCAACAUGGACGCGUCGACUGCAAUUAAUGUCGCCAAAAUGCGCAGCCGGGAACGUGCUGCUCCUGACGCAUAUACGCAAAGGCCCAGAAGCUAUCACGAAUACAACCUCCAGGCUGGUGAAGCGACAGUAGCUCGACGAGUAUCAUCACAAGGCCGUACUGCUGUACCCCCAAUGCCGCACAUGGACUCAGACAGGCUGUCUCUUGUGAGGGCAUCGACAUCUCGGAACGGGCAUCAAAAUUCUGACAGUUCGAGUGCGCGACCGAAACUGAUAACCCGAGAGACAUCAGAAUCCGCCUUGAUCGAGAAGUUCAAUGAGGCACCAGCGACGCAGGUAUCCCCAGACUGGGAAGCACCUUCCCAACUCUGGCGCCAGCGUCGCAAGUCUAUCGGCGAGGGAUUGCGUCGUCCAUACGGCGACAACGCUCAUAAGCACUCGCAGUCCUACAACGCGUCUCCACACACCGGGCCUCCCACCUUGAGGCCGACGCCACCGCCCAAGUCGCCAGCUGCACCCGAGCCCACCAGUUCCGACGGCAGUAUGUUCGACCGCUACGGCGGUGGCCUCGGCUACGGCUACGAGCACGGCUUCGGGGUGGGAGGCAGCGCGGGGACGCGCCAUGGACGGAGUGGCGCGAGUAGGAAGAGCAUGCAUUUCAGCAACGAGUUUGGCAUUGAUCUUUCGGAUGUUCCUGUGAUUUUGCAGGAAGCGCGCUGAUUUCUUUGAGCUUCUUGAAUACCCCCUUUUUUCAGUAUAUGCAGCGAUUAGCAUUUGGAGUGGCAGUCUGAAUUGUGCAUGGCUUUGGGCUUUAUGAUGGGCAUGAAUGAUUGGUAUACCAGGCAACAAGGUGGGGCUUUUGAUGUUCUGGCGAUUGGGCUGGGGGAGGAUGUGUAUAUAUGGUGGCUGGGGGUAUUAGGAGAUGGGGAGAUACUUAAUACAACGUGCUAGACACGUCCUUGCCC